UGGUGUUGUAUUUAUCUAAUUUUGAGUUUAUUAUUAUUUUUGCAAUCAAAAUAUCAAAAACAUUUCUAGAUUAAUUAUAUGUAAUCGUCCUAACAAAGAAGAUUUUAAUUUCUUUCUCUCGUGUUUACAGAAGAGUACCAAAUUGAUCUCUAUCGAUUGUGGAUGAGGCGUACACUUGAUAUCAAAGCUUCCGAUCGAAGAGAGGCAUGAAAUCAAUUAGUAGCUCCGAUCUCAUUGAUGCAAAGCUUGAGGAGCACCAGCUGUGUGGAUCAAAACAAUGCCCUGGUUGCGGCCACCGAUUUCGUCAAAAAUCGGACUGGGCGGGUCUACCAGCAGGAGUGAAAUUUCAUCCAACAGACCAAGAAUUGAUUCAACACCUUCAAGCAAAAGUAGAGUCUCAAGACUACUACCCUAAACUAUCCCACCCUUUGAUUGAUGAAUUCAUCCCCACCAUUGAUGGAGAAGAUGGCAUUUGUUACACCCACCCUGAAAAACUUCCAGGAGUCACAAGGGAUGGGUUGAGUAGGCAUUUCUUCCACAGGCCUUUAAAGGCCUAUACAACUGGAACAAGAAAGAGAAGGAAAAUCCAAACCGAAUACGAUUCCCAAGGCAGUGGUGGAGGAGGAGGAGAAACACGGUGGCACAAGACUGGAAAAACAAGGCCGGUAAUGGCGAACGGAAAACAAAAAGGGUGCAAGAAAAUUCUAGUUUUAUACACAAAUUUUGGAAAAAAUCGAAGACCUGAAAAAACGAGUUGGGUCAUGCACCAAUAUCAUUUAGGUCAAAACGAGGAGGAGAGGGAAGGGGAGCUCGUGGUGUCGAAGAUAUUUUAUCAGACUCAGCCGCGGCAGUGCAAUUGGGCGGAGAGGGGUGGAGCCACCUGCUCCACCCCUGGAGUACUGAUUAACCAGAGACAUGAAGCAGCUGCUGGUACAACAGUACUAUCAAGUAGCAGGGAAAUGGAUACUCAACAAUAUUUUGAAGCUGACCCUUUUGGCUUUGAUGAGUUUGGAGGGGGUGAGGGCACAGGCACGUGCCACGAGCGUGACAUUAUGACCCAUGAUGAUCAAUAUCAACAUUAUGAUGAGAAGAAUAUGAGGCCUGCAGAUCCUCUCCAUCACGCCUCCCUUAUUCUUCAUCAUAACAACGACUCCUUCCAUCUAAAUUUCCAGCAACAUCCUAAAAUGGAAGGGAGAUCUGCAUCUGGAUUGGAGGAACUCAUAAUGGGUUGCACAUCAACUCAUACCCAUGGAGAGUCAUCAAUCGCAAAUCCACAAGAGGCAGAAUGGUUGAAUUACUCAAACUUCUGGCCUGAUCCAAAUAAUUAACAACCUUCGUCAUCAUCAAUUAAAGGUAGAGAGAAGAAGCGAAAAUUUGAAAAUCAUCUAUUGGUCUCACCACCCACAUCAGUUUGGAUCUACAACUUAUACAUAUAAUUAGUUGUCCUCGGAACCAUCCCGUACACACACUAAUUGUUAGCUAGACUCGCUACAUUGAAUUUGUUACUUGUCGUUAUCUUUAUCUAUCUUAUCUUUGU